GUUGACUGUCGAGACGUUUACUGAUUGGAGCUUAUUUUAUCUCAUUGAUAAGCGCUUCACAAAUUCUGUUUUUCCUAUUUUCCAAGUUCUCUUCACUAAAUCUUCUCAGUUGCAACUUGUACACAAUGACACUCUUACCUCGUGCUUCUGGAGAGUUUAUUGUAAAACGUGCUAAAUCCAUUAAAAUUAACAAUGCCGGUAUCGAUAAGUUGUGCCGGGCAGUGCUGGAGGGGUUAAUGACGAAGGAAAUUGAUGUGGAAAAUUUCUCUCAGCAUGAAUUUCACCCCAAGCCCAGUGAUCCCCAAUGUCUCAAUUGGCUAUUCCUCAUUGAUACGCUAAAUUUCUGUUUCUGGACACCGGGAGAUGCGACAAAGUGGCGAGUUCAAGGUCAAACUGGGUAUUUUGCACUGUGUGCAGCUAUUAAUCGUGCACGGAAGACUGGUGCGGAUGAUGAUAUUGUGAAUCCCAAAUACUACAGUCAAUUGACCAAGGAAGCCCUCGAGGAGAUUCUCAGAUGUGAUGAUGGGCAAACAAAGGUCCCCUUACUGGAUGAUCGAGUGAAGUGCCUAAAGGAAGUCGGAGUGAAACUCUUGGAAAAGUAUAAUGGGAAUUUUGAGAAUUGUGUAAAGGAGUGCGGAAAGUCAGCACAGAAACUGCUGAAGCUUAUUGUUGAGGAGUUCCCGUGCUUUAGGGAUGAAGCAACAUAUGAAGGACAACAAGUGGCGAUCUACAAAAGAGCUCAGAUCCUCAUUGGUGACAUAUGGGCAUGCUACAGGGGAGAGGGACUCGGAGAAUUUACAGAUAUUGAAACUAUUACCAUGUUUGCUGACUAUAGAGUACCUCAGGUUCUUGUACACUUUGGUGCCUUGGAAUACAGCGAUGAUCUAAUGAAAAGUCUCAAAUCUGAUGAAAUUCUCGAAAAUGGUUCAGCUGAGGAAGUUGAAAUUCGCGGAGCAUCAAUCUACAUUGUGGAGGAGCUCAAAGAUAGAGUUAUUGACCAGAUAAAGAGUCAAAAACUCAAUAUUUCACUUAAAAAUAUCAACUCUGUCCUCCUGGAUCACUUCCUCUGGGACUAUCGACGUCGUCAUGCUGCUGAGCUUGAGUACAUCCCCUUCCAUAAGACAUUCAGUGUAUAUUAUUGAGAAAGUUGUCAUUGAUAUUGCUGCAUUUGCUGAUCUACCUCAACGUUUGAGAUUUAUUUUUGCUUUAUUCCCAGUUUUUGUACAAGAUAAUCAACAAAAUGUUACAUUUUGUAUAGAAAUUUGCAACAUUUUAUUGCUUUAAUUGAAUAAAAAAGUGAAACAAAAACA